ACCCUGGAGGACAUUGUCUUUGUUAAGCUGCAGAAAUACACCUGGAACAUCCUCUACCUCCAGCCAUGGGUCUACCCGUCCCUGCCUGCAGCAGAGUGGGAGAACCUGCAAAACCUGUUCAGGGCCUAUGUGCAGGACUUCAACCUGUACCUGUCCAAUGAUGCCAGGCUGUACCAGACAUCCUCCCCACACACACUGUGGCCAACCAGUGCCCCACCAGGGCUCCCCCCACCCCUUGGCUCUCGCCCCCCAGAGCCGCCCGUGGCCACGGUCUUUGCCCGCACACCCAGACCAGACCAGCUCCUGCUGGUUUGCCGCGUCACCGGCUUCUACCCACGGCCCAUCAGCGUGGCCUGGCUGCGGGAUGGCCAGGAGGUGCCGCCGGGCCCAGCGCUCAACACCAGCACCAUCCUGCCCAACGCCGACCUCACCUACCAGCUCCGCAGCGUCCUGGCCGUGGCCUCCCAUGACGGGCACAGCUACGCCUGCCGCGUGCCCCACCGCAGCCUGGGCACCCACAGCCUCCUCAUCCCAUGGGGCAGCUCCAAGGCAGCUCUCAGUGUUGGCAUCACCAUCGCAGUGCUGCUGAUCGUGGCUGCAGCCCUUGCUGGGGCCAUCUGGCGCUACAGGCGCAUGUGA